AUGGGAGAGGAGAAAACAAAUGAUCCGUUAACUUUCUCGCCCGUUGAGGAGGAAGAUAACGAAGAACUGUCAGACGAUGACGAUGGGUCGAAUUCUAGCUCCGAGGAUGCAGAAGAGUGGAACAACACUACUGUCGUGCAACAUGAAUUAAAAACUUCCAGAGCUGCUAGCAAGGUGAUGAUUAUUAAAGUAUGACAGACCUGGAACAUGUUUCCUGAGAAUUGAAACUUCUCUGACUUUUAAAUUCCUGCAGGAAGCGUCUUAACAAUGAGUCAGAAGUUGUUGCUCGACAUUGUAACGCAAGAGCAAAGCUUUCUUCUCAAUAAUUUUAUUGUCUAGGGGCGUAUUUUACUCCCAAAAAGAAAAAAAAACAUUGUAAAGUACUUAGUCAUGCUUGUAAUACUUCCUCUCGAAAACCUAUGCCCUUUCUUUGAACAUCUAUCGACUUUAUCGUCGCAAACUUCUUGGCUUUUUUUUCAUGCAGAUUGAAUUUCCGAUCUGGUUUAGCUCACUUUAUACCCCCAUACGAGUGGACGUCUGAGCUGGAUGCCUGAGCUUUUUAGAUAAAAAUAUCCUAAAAUAGAAAAACAAGGCUUAACUUCACAGAAAGAGUGCUAAAAACAUAGUGAGCAUUUUCUAAACAAGUAUGUUGCAUCUACAAAGUUCUCUCACUUCUGCGUAUCAAUGUUUUAAUAGGCUGAGAAUGAACCAACCAAGCCAGCCAUGGUCAAACUGGAAGAUCAGAUGAACAACAAAAAUCUGGAAACUUUGCAGAAGAUAUUCGAGGUUUGUUCAUUGGUGUAUUUUUGUGAGAAAGAUCAGUUUUUGCACUACAUUUUUUUUCCCUCACACCUGGACCAAAAGUAUGGUUGCAAAAAUGUGAAAUGCAAAAGCAGUGUCCGGUAAGUGAUAACAGGUUUCCGGUUAUCAUCGUGUUUUUAGGAAGCUGAUGAAGAUGGCGGCGGGGGACUGGAUUUGGACGAGUUUCGCCAGGCUAUGAUCAAAACUAUGACUGGUAAAGGUGAAGUGGUAAGACAAUGCUUUUAUAUAUGUAUAUACACUUUUUAUUGUUAAGUAAUUUAUUCGUGACGAUUCCUUUCUCCUAUUUGAUACUGUAUCCAAAAUGAAUCAAAAGCACAGUUUCUUGCUUUUCUGUUAACUCGCAGCCUGAUGAUAAUCAACUGGCUAUCACCUUCAUGAAGGUUGACGCAAACUGUGAUGGAACAGUAGACUGGGUAAGAUACGAAAUUUGACAUAAAAAAUUUUAGGGCAAAAUCACUACUAAAGUAGGCCAUUGACGAGCGUAUUUCCUUUCAUUUUGAAUUUAAGGAGGAAUUUUGUUCCUACAUGUUGCUGGAGACUCAGUUAAAAGAUGUGAUGACCAGUGAAGACAGAGAGGUGAGUUGUCCUAACCUUCCCCUACCUGGGGCUGGUAAGCACCUCCAUAGUAAGUCUUGUAGAGAAGUAACUGCGGCCCGUUAGCAUUGGAAUCUGUAUAAGAAUGGUUAUUAAAUGUGAACAACGUUUAGAUCUGGUAAAAAUUUGUUUUUCGAUGUCAUUUAUGGCAUUCAGGAAAAUAAAUUAUUGGGAUUGUAGGCAAAAACGGAAUUAUAAAACAACCACAAAGUGCGAUUAACACUGAGCGCCGUUUUCAAAGUGAUCAUUUAUUCUUCCCCAUCCAGUUGGGUCCCACUGAAUCAUAGGCAAUGAGUUCGUGAGGGCUGGAAAAUGGGAACUAAAUCAACUGUUACCAGAUUAAUCUGAAGCCGGCUUCUUUUGGGAUUGCAGAAUAUCGUAAUGAGGUAUUCUCAGGAAAGAAUAACAAUUUGAGAUCCAAUACAUAAAGACUUGCGUGAACUUAAAAGUUCUUAUGCAUGUAAAGCCCCCCAGUGAAAAUUUUUAUCUUUGCAGAUGGAAUUCCCAAAUCCAGCUAAAGAAGUUCCCAGGUAAAGUUCUUAUCAUGAAUUAAAAUAGUAACACAACUAUUACGAUGACAUAGAGACAGAAACUCCAUCAUAAUAACUGUUGUGUACCAAGGUUCGAGGCACUUCUAUGAAGUGCACAGAGAAUCAGGUGUUAAGCUGCACCCAGCUGGUUUAUUUAGACAUAAUGUACUUAUGCGCAUACGGUACGGUUUAUGAUGUGCUUGCCGGUGAAAAAAAAAAUUAGCUAAUACCUAAGACAUCCAAACAAGAGGAACGAACUCUACAGCGGUGAUGAAAUAUUAAUACUAAUAAUAAUAAUAUUAAUGAUAGCAUGAUAAUGAUUACAUUAUCAUACUAUUAUCAUAUAAUAAUAGCUAUACACGAAUUUUAGAAAGCUGACAUUUCCAGGGUCAGCCUUUCCUCCCCUCGACGCACUUCACUCUUCACAGGAUCCACUACUCACAACUUACGACGCACGAUCCGCCCACCCAUGCUGAUUUAAACAAUCUUGCUACCUCUUGCUUCAUUUUGAUCGUAGUUCUCAUCGUGACACAAUCACACGAAUAACCUACCUUCCUAAACUGUCACACGGCACUGAUGACCCAACUGACAGCAAUGGGGGAAGAUACGUGUCCGUCAGCAAGGAAGGGACUUUGCACUUCUGGAACAUGGACCUAUAUCCUCAAAGAACUCUGUCAGUAAGUGACACAUUAUGCUGCAAUUAAGUAAAAGCACUGAGUACUGUUAUGGGAAAAGCAGAACCCCUCUUAAAGGAUAUAUCUUGGGUGCACUAGCGGGGAUACUCUUUGAUCGCUGCUUUUUAGCGGAAUAGAGGUUAUUCAGAGACUAGGGAUUAAAGUAAAGAAAACUAAAGUUCAGAAAAUUUCCAUCUACAUACUUGACAAGUUCUAGGAGUCGACUCAGGAGAUUACCUGCAAUAAGGAUAAAAGCUGUUUCGAUGAAAUAUAGUUCAGAGACGUUGUGUUUUACCGUAGGUGUAAGAAAAAGGUUCCAUUUUCUCCAAACGUUAUUUUGAAGAGGAGAAGAGUAAUAGGUGUGGCAGAAUAUAUCAUGUUGUCAUACUCUUUUUGUUUAUUUUAGUUAGGGCACGAGGGUAAAGCUAGCAAAAAUGUAUGGAUUACAGACUGUGUUGUAUUGCCAAAUGUCAAGAAGCUUGCUUUGUCAACGGCAGACAGAGAGAUAGGUCUGUAAAAAUCAAUAAAGGGCGUUAGUUUCUAAAGAAACUGUAAUGUGAAUUUGCCAACGAAAAGAGAUUCUAAAGCUGACGUUUCGAGUGUUAGCCCCUCUUCAGAGCGAAUGAGCUUCAACGCUUUUGACGAAAGGCUAACGCUCGAAACGUCAGCUUUUAGAAUUUCUCUACGGUGGCCAAUUCACAUUAUCAACUUAGUUGAUAAAACCUUACUGAUCAGCUUAAAUCAUUUGAAUUCCCCAUCAAAUAAGCGGACAGUAAAUUUUGGUGGGUGAAAGACAUGAAAAACUGUUUAAAACGUCCUCUUCCCUUUUCUACCUAUUCUAAUGCUUCAUCAAAGUGACCGGCUGAACCCGACAAGAACUGAAAUUUGGAGCAAUCAUAAAGUAUUGACAUGGAGUUAGUGAGAUCUUGUGUGCAGUUCUUACUAUCUCAAUGGAAUAUCACACGGAAAAUUCAUCCCUCUCUAUUUGGUUUUCCUUUUAGCAUUUUAUGACUGUGCUGCCACUAGUUUUGACAAACAGUACGUUAUCUGCAGUUUGGAUUACUGUGUACUUACAAUGGAUUACUGGUAAGCAUUGAGGGUAGCUUUAGGCUCCAGAUACUCUACUUUGCUCUCAAAAGUAUUCAUUUUGCCUUCAAAAAAAGAAUCGAAAUAUUUUCGUUCAGUCUGUCAUACCCCUUUUGUUUUCCGUCCUGAUUCGCUCUAAUUUGAAAUCGCAUGCUUUUUUUUUACGUUUUCGAUAAUCAACCGAACAAAUACACUCAACACCGCCAAGACAACGGAAGUGAUAAUUUGUGACACUUAAUCGUCACAUUUUCAAAGGCCAGCGCCUUCACCUAUAUCCACUCUCGCAGUGGCGGAUAUAGACCUGGAGCUGAGUGGGAACCCCUCCCCUAAAUCCGCCACUGUCUCGAAACGAAGCCUUUUCAAAUGAUACGAUCCACUUUUUCGUAAAUCGUUGUCAUUUGCUUUUUUCGGGCGUUUCAAUUGAAAUGCAUGUGCGGUUUUUUAAUGGAAACGAAUGCCUAGCAGUAGAAUAGCUGUUUUCAUAAUUCAGAAUAUUAGUAUUGGUACGAAAGCCACACCCAAUAAAUUUUACAAGAGAAAUUUUAAAUUUUCAAGUUUCUAGAAGGCAAAGAGUUAAAUGAAAAUAAAGUCAUAACACUUCCGUCACUUGCCUGCCAUUGCUAGGUAUAACUUCCUGUUUUAGUGCAUCCCAGAAACAUAAAUUUCAUUGUAGGUUCAUACCGUUUUUAGGUGCAGCUCACCCAAGUCAAAUGAGGGUAUUUUGUUGGGUGGAGAUGCUGGAGGUUCAGUGAUCUGUUUUCAGAUGAAAUUCAAUGCAAUGUCAGGUUGCUUGUUUGAUAUAAACCUUGGACAGCAGAUUCCCAGCGGUAUGCUUGAUUUCCACCAGACCUUAAUUGAGAUAAUAAACUGUUGUCUAGUCAAACAUAAAAACAAGUUGACGUCUUAGUAUAUAUAUCGUUACAAGCUAUUUACAUCGUCUUCAUUUAUGCAAGGAUUCUUUACAUAUAUAUCUGAGCCGGCCAUCUUUUUCCAAGUAAUUCAUUCAAAUUUCUUAGUUCUAUUCAGUCUCGACAAUGUUUGUGCUGCGCCGAGUAAACUAGACUGUUAUUCACUACCCAUAUUAUACAAAAUUCACAAUCACCAGGAAUUGCUCUCUUUUUUGUUUUGCUUUCAGUAUCUUUCAGACGAUUUUCCCUAUGGGAGCUUCAGCAAGGGAGAUAUUCAAACAUAAAACUGUUUCAAUUUAACGUAAGUAUAGUGCACUGAACUUUGCCAGCGUGUGAUCACGUGACAGUAUGUUCGAUACGGAUACAUUGUAACCAUGGUUAUACUGACAGAUUUGUACCCUGGAGGAACCUAAUGCUGUGUAAUAAGAGGGAUGUCUCUAAGGGCUAACAGCUGCGGCCAAUAAGGACAAAGAAGACUCAAAAGCCUUUGUAAGACAAGGGUUAAAGGACGUCAUUUUCAAUUCUCAAACUAUAAUAACCUCGGCCGCAAGGUCACUGACACAGAUAGGUUCAAAACCCUUGCUGCCAACCCCCUCUCUUCUGCAAAAUAAUUAUACCUGCCAGGAUCCCAAGAACUUUAACAAUAUUUUCCUUGGCAAUGAGGCUGAUAAGCCCUUUAGACAGUUCUUUACGAACUUAAUGGUGAACUAAGAAAUUUUUAUGCUGUUUAUGUAUAUUUUGCCCAAGAGCACCCAGCAGAGAGUGACCUGGAAGAGUAACCUUGUUGAUUUUACUUUACAGAAUCUUCAUGAGGACUGGAUUCGUAAAGUUAGAUAUUACCCCUCGUUACAAUGCUUUAUCUCUUGUGCUACAGCCAGCAACACUUCCAUGUACCUUGGAGACGUGGAAAGGAAAAAGACGUUAGUAACACAUGAUUAACACACAUUUAAGAUCAUCGCUUCCCUUGUCUCGUUUCAAGUUGUAUUUACGCAUUGGCAGCAUGUUUGAGCUAAACAACGCUCACGUACCUUGAAUAUAUUUCGAAAAACUAUUAAUUAGUUAGCUCCAAUCCAGACUUAAAUAUUAUAGACGUCUUUCCAAUUUUCGAUCAACAUAGGAGGUCUUAAUUAUUGGUGUCUCUAGCAUUCUGCACUCUUAAGUAAGCAAAUAAGCUGGUGAACAAAGCGAUUGUUUUUCUCACAAACUAGUAUUGUAACGCUAUUGGUUCCUUUUUUGAAGGAGCUCUAUGUUUCGUAUCCGCAAAGGCAUCACCUCGUUUGAUUACUGCAAGGAAUGGAACGUUAUAGGUAAGCAGAAGAAGAAAGUCCGAUCAACAACUGUUUAUUGGCUGUCAUUGUUUCUAUUCAGUUAUCUUCGUGGUCAUCUAUCAGACGCUGGUAUUGUUCCAUUCCAGUCGAUAACCUUAAUUACUUACAGUGUCUUUAUAUUUCUCUGUCAGUAACCGGUGGCCAUGAUCACUACGUCCGCAUGUGGAAUCCAUAUAUUACAGCCAAAGCAACAUCGGUAAGUUUGAGACAAUUAAGUUCACUGACACACAAAAUGACAGCACUGAGUUAUUAUUUGUCAUUAUGGAUAAGCCAGGUGUUACCUCUUUGAUCAGUUUCACCCGGCAUGUUGGUACAUAUAACGCCCACACAAACUCCUGUCACCAGUUCUGUCGGCUAUUACCAUAUAAACACUGCACACUUCCUUCUCUCCGGUUGUCCUUCUUCUCUAAUUUGUCUUGGGCUUCGCUUCGUUGUCUGAACUAUUGUUUGAUGCAUAUUUUUCCAUAUGUGUUACUCCUGGGUUGAAGUGCGAGCUACGCGCCACAAACAAAGAAUUUAAACGCAAACAUAUCGUUGACUUAGAACUGAGGAUCCAUUAAUGAACUUGACUUUAGCCUAAACUUUCGCCGCCUGUUUGCAAUACAAGACCCAACCCAGCUGUUGUUACACACUCAAAUCACCAGAUUAAUUAAACACAAGGUUGUAUUUAUUCGAAAACUCCGAGCACAUGCUUUUCUGUUUUUUUUUCCGACACCCUUUGUGGUUCAUGAACUCAACAAAACAUGUCACGCACUCUACACACUUCCCCGCCGAAAAUGAAAGUGUUCUUCUAAAUAUUACAAAACUAUUUAUCAGAGUUCUCUGCAGCUACUGUAAUUGUUGUUUGACGUUGUCUCCUUCAGCACCUUGCGUGCUUUUGAUUUUUUUUUUUUUUUUUUUUUUUUUUUUUUUUUUUUUGUUUUAAUGUUUGGGUCUUAUAAGAGGCUCCUCUCAAGCCCUCGGGUAGUAGACAGGUUGGAAACAGCAUGGCCACACCCAGAAAUACAGGGGUAUUCCCGGAUGAAUAGCUGUGAUAGCUGGAGUUUGAAUGGCGUUAACGCGUGAACUGCUGAAUACUGGCUCAGCCGACUGGUACUGUGGAUUUCCCAGGGAGUUGUAAGUUAAGAUCUGCGGCGGUCUCCUUUGGCGCUGCGGCCGAGUCCACAUGUCCUGCUCAGCAAUGUCCUCUCCCUCUGAUCCGUCAUUGUCAGCACUUCCUUCAUUUGCAAGUUGUAUUUCGCUGGAUGGCCCAUUGGUGCCCUCAGUAGUCGCAGAAUCCUCAAUUGACUCUGAAGGCAAAUCGCGUCCUGGAGACACUGAGUUUGAAGUUCUUACUUCAGUAGGUAUUUCCUCUACAAGGUCCACACUACCGAAAUCAUCAUCAUCUUUCCCCGAAUUCUGUAGGUCAUUUCCCGAAACAGACAAAGGUCGUUUCUCUACUGCUGAUUUUGGGGGUCGCGUACCAAAUCCCAGGUUUGGGGCAUCUGCUUCCAAAGCGUCACAAGGCAGUAGUAAAUUCCGGUGAAGCACUCUUGCGCGGCCACCUCCACUCUCGGGCUUAACUUUGUAGACUGGGCUUUGAGCCCCAUUCGUUCAACCACAACGUGGAUAGCGCACUCCCAAUGGGAUCGUAAUUUUCCGGGUCCACCGCGCUCUGUUAAGUUUCUAACUAGCACCCGAUCGCCUGGCUGAAGAACGCCACCUGAGACUCUCUUGUUGUAAUAUUGCUUGCCGCGCUCGGCAGUCUUCUUUGCAUUCUGUUGAGCUAUCCGGUAUGCCUCCUUCAUAUCAUGCUGCCAGUUUUGGACGUAAGUGUUAUAAUCUCCCUCUGCACUCUCUUGAUUCAAAUUGAAAAUCAGGUCGAUGGGCAGGCGGGGUGUUCUUCCAAACAACAAGUAAUACGGAGCGUAUCCUGUCGCCUCAUGCUUAGUGCAAUUGUACGCGUGGAUCAUCUUGUUGAGUGAUUCAUCCCACUUUCGUUUCUUCAAAUCUGGGAGUGUUCGCAGCAUAGACAAUAGCGUGCGGUUCAUCCCUCCACUUGCCCAUUCCCUUGAGGGUGGUAGGGGCUGGUGCGAGACUUGGAAACGCUAGACAACUUAUGUAGUUGAUGGAAGAGAUUGUUCUCAAAUUCUCCUCCUUGAUCACUGUGUAUACGGGCUGGGAAUCCGAAUCGUGGUACAAAGUCAUUGUAAAUCUUUUCAGCCACCGUUCGUGCUGUCUUGUUUCGGGUUGGGUAGGCCUGUGCAAACCUUGUGAAGUGAUCUACUAUCAGCAAAAUGUAUUCAAAUCCCCGUUGGCUUUUCUCCAAAUGAAGAAAGUCUAUAGACACCAUCUCAAAAGGGGCAGUCGUCGUAAUGCUCUCCAUUGGUGCUCUAGGGGAGAUUUGGGGCUUCUUUUGCUGGAUGCAGUGACACUUGUUGGCGAUGAAAUACUCGAUUUCCUCUUGCAUGUAAGGCCAAUAGAACCUAGAUCUCGCUAAGUCCACCACUCGAUCUGCACCCAGAUGACCCAUUUCAAUGUGAAGUUCUUGGUAAACCAACUGUUUAAACUUUGUGGGUAAUACUAGCUGCAAUCGACUCUUAGUUUGGCGCCACAGGAUCCCGUCCGCUGAUAUAUGGAGUUUAUUCCAUGCUCUCAAGUAGCAAGAUGUUGUACGAGUCUCAUUUUUCCGCUCUCCUCCUGAUGGGGAUAUCCCCGUUUCUUGUAGGCCAGGAUUCGUGAGAUGUCGGGGUCUUCCCGUUGAGCCCUUAAUAUUUCUUCUAACGUAAGUUGGCGAAAAACCAAAUCUGUGACGCCCGGUUCUGCGUGAGCAAUGCCAACUCUUGCUGAAACUGCUGCCACCCAGGGUGUGGCGUCUGUUUCCUGAUGGAUCACUGCUUGACUUGUUGCACAAAUUGCGUCCUUUUCCAUUUCUGCAAUACAGGUUUCCAUGUAUGCACUGAAAUCUAGCGGUAGGCGGGAUAGUACAUCCGCGUCAAUGUUAGAUUUGCCAGGCCGAUACUUGAUGUUAAAAUUAAAAUCUGCCAGUUCUGCCACCCACCGGUGCCCUACUGCAGACAACUUAGCUGACGACAGAAUGUAAGUUAGUGGAUUGUUGUCGGUGUAAACAGUGAAGAAGGUGGAGUAGUACAAGUAAUCACGGAACUUCUCAGUUACUGCCCAUUUGAGGGCAAGGAACUCCAAUUUUUCCCGCGUGCAUGUGGUAAUUUUUCUCUGCUGGAGUUAGUGUCCUAGAGGCAUAACCUAGAACUCUGAGCUUCCCGUCCUGUUCUUGAUACAAUACAGCUCCAAGUCCCUCUUGCGAGGCGUCUGUGUGAAGUACAAAUGGCUUCGUAAAGUCGGGAAAUGCCAUCACUGGAGGAGAAGUCAGUCGGUCGACCAGCAUGUCAAGCCGCUUCUGAUGUUCCUCUGUCCAUGUUACCUUAUGAUUAUUAGCCAAUCGAUCAGGGCCAGCCAUUAGAUCGUACAGGGGCUUAGCUAUGCGUGAGAAAUCCUGGAUGUAUUGCCUGUAGUAACUCAGGAACCCUAGCAGUUUACGCACAUCACCCACUGUUGCUGGUUUCUGUUUCGCCAAGUUGUGUACGGCAGCCGUGUCCUCUGGGUCUAGAGAGUAGCCAUCGCCGGAAACAACCCGCCCCAAAUAUCUAACUUGUCGUUGGAAGAACUUGCACUUUGAUGGCUUUAACUUUAUCCCAUGUUCCUGCAGUCGACGCAGGACUUGUUGGACAUCCUGAACGUGUUGCUCAAAGGUCUUACUAUACACCAAGACAUCAUCCAGGUAGGGAAUACAGAUGUUGUCACGUAAGCCAUCUAGACAUUCAUUCAUGCACCUUUGGAAUGCCGCCGGUGCAUUCAUUAGCCCAAACGGUAUUCUAUUCCAUUGAUACAAUCCCCAGGGGUCACGAAUGCAGUCAGGGGCGGCUUUCUUCUGUCAUAAAGCCUUGGUGGUAGGCCUUCCCUUGGUCCAGAACUGUAAACCAUUUGUUGCCGCCUAGGCCAUUUAAGAUAUCCUGUAUACGGGGAAUCGGCUGUCGUUCUGGAUAUGUUUUCUUGUUCAAUUCUCGAUAAUCAAUACAAAGUCGCAGACUUCCAUCCUUUUGCGAACACAGACCAUGGGUGAGGAGUAAGCCGAACGGGACUUGCAGAUCCAAUUUCGAUUAAUCAAGUCUUCUAAGUACUCUUUCACUUCCCCAUAGAGUGGCUUGGGGAUGGAGAUAUAGUUCUUCUGUACUGGCUCAUUGUCCUUUAACUGGAGAUCAAGCACCAAGUUCUCCACGCAGCCAACCUCAUCGUCGUUUCUUGCAAAGGCACCAGCUUCUUGCCGUAGCAUUUCGUGGACGAUCAAUUGUUCAUUGUCUUCUAGCUGACUCAAGUCAACUGGUGGCUCCCAUCCAUCUUGUUCCUGACCAGGAUGCAAGGUAGCUUCAGGGUAAAAAUCCUCGUCUCCUCGAGAGUACGAGUCGGGAGUAUUUGGAAUUGGUAGAACUGACUUUACCAGGUGUAUCCGGCCCAAUUCUGUUCUGCGCUUUAACAAGAUGUUUCUGUCUGUAUUGUUUUGGACCACGACGGCCACGUGACUAGAGGUUCCCGGGGUUAUUUUAGUAAGUUCCUCGCCCAAUUCCAGUCCGUCUGGGAGCUCGCUGUCUUCCUUGGGCUCAAAUAUUACUGGCAUCCCCUCUGGAACUGGUCCGAGGUGAGUUUGACACUUAACUGUCGUUGCCUCUCCUUUUGGCAGCAUAACAUCUCUCUUUCCGACUUUAACAGCUGCAGUACCGGUAUCCUGUGUUCUUGACUGGAUCAGAUUGAUCAGGGUACCUACGCGAGUAUGAUGAAUUGAAGGGAAUGACUGCUGAAUGAUGUUACUUGCCGCUUGGUGGUUUCCACCAUGUUGAGCGAGGACUUCUUCUAUAACAUUGAAGCCAAUGAUUGGGUACUCUUGUUCCUUUUGUCCCACCAGUACUGGAACUGUCAGCUCAUGAGCAGUUGUAUCAUCUCCAGCCAACUUAAACCCGACCUCAAUCCAACCGUCAAAUGGAAUGUUUGUCCCAUUCAUCCCUUCCAAAUUCAACUCUUCUCCUGCUCCCAACAACUCUUCAACAUUUCUUAACACCUCCAGCGGUAAGUGAGUUUGUUGCCACUUCCUUGACACAACACAAACCUGGGAACCUGUAUCCCAUAAUGCCUCCACUUCCUUUCCUUGAAUUAGGCAUUUUACCACGCACCUCCGUCCCACGAUUUUUGUCAGUCCGAGCUGCUGCCUUGGCGUCAGGUGGCAGGGAAACGUCGUGUUCAAAUCAUCGCCAUCAUCUCCGGCUGCUUUCUGUUUCUCAAGUUCCUGUAUAGCCAUGCAAACUGGUUUAUGCACAGUUCUGUAUUUUACUUGACAUUCUUUUGAAUAAUAUCUAUUGAUCUUACAGGCUCCGCAGCGGUUAAGUGGUACAUGGUCUGUGCUUUGUUUUCCACACUGCACGUAACGGGACUGAUUUUCUUGCCUGGUCACACCCUGUCCCAUGGGCGUGACCUCUGGCCGUUUCCCUGAGAUUCUGCCGGAGAGCGUCGGCUGAAUUGGGCAUUACACUCGCGUACAUAAUGGCCACUCGCCCCACACCUGAAGCAAUGGUUGCACGGCCAUCCAUUCCCACUUUGUUGGCAGGUCCUACACAGUGGGGGUUGUCUCAUAGGCUGUUGUGUGAGGGGGGUUUGAGCCCGGAGUGGGGCCCGAACUCUCUCUUUGACUGCGGCCACUUCUGCCUUGAGCUCCCUUAGUUCUUUCAUGAGACCUUCCUCCACCCCAUUAUUCUUUGUCUCCUGCUUGUCCCUCCUUUUUGAACAGCAUUUACCUUGGGGUUAGCUGUGAACCGAAUUUCUGUGAUCGCUCCAGUUCGUCACUGAAACACACAUUUAAUUUCUCGAAUAGUUCUUCAUCGCUUAUAAAUUUCUUUUCCAAGUAAGGCUUCAUUUCGAUCUUGAUAUUCUCACUUUGCAGGCCAAGGAAAAAAACUAUGGACAAACAUGCCAUGUACUAAGAUAGGAUCAUAUUUCAGGUCCGAGUCAGUUUCUUGAGAUGCAAACAAGAUCUUCUGUUUCAAAUCGAGAAGGCGGAUCAAGAAUUCUUGAGGUUUUUCCUUUGGCUGUUGUACAGUUGAGCUCAACUGAUGAUAUAGUUCGGUUGCUGUUCUCUCCUGAUAAUGAGAACGCAUAAUUCUCCUCAAUUUGGCCAGUGUUAAAUCUACCUUACCCUCCAAAUAACUUCUUAGGCUUAACGCCGGAUUUAUCGCUUUUAUCACAGCCUCUUUAAUUUCAUCCUCUGUAUAGUCGUUCUUUAAACCAUUCUCAAUUUGAUGCACUAGCGAGGAAAAACUCAAACGAUCCUUCUGCGACACGUCGCCAAUCUGGCCCGAAAUCUUGAAGUCGCGUUUGAAUUUUGAAAUUGACACCACGGGAUUUUGCUCUAUUUUGACGGUCGCUUUACUAUUUUCAGAAGCUUUCGGCGGUUCCGUUUUCUGUUCCGGUACAAAUUUUCCCUGCAUACUUAGAGACGACGACAACACUUUGAGCUUCUCAUUAUCUAAUUCUUCCGUUUCGAGGUAUUUAUUUAGAGCUCGGAUAAAACCAACCUUCCCUUGCUCUCAGGCGGUACAGUAAUGUUCAGCCCACUACAAACUUCUUUAAGCCUUUCCUCGCUCAAGGAACACAACGCGGCCUGAAUUUCGAUCUGCAGACUCUCGGUAUCCAUCAUACUUCCAAAAAUAAUCUUUCGUACUCACCAAUAGUGCAAUCAGCCGUUCACAAAAGAAAUGCGACACUUUACGUCAAGAUCAGUCCGCCGUCGACAGCAAUCGACCACAACCAACUCGCGCUCGACGAAUCAACCAAGCGUGCCAAUUACUUUGUCCUUCACAAUCCAAGGCAGUUCUUCGUCGAUGAUAAGCCUCUUCGGUCGAGUCCUGGCAGGGUCGCCAAUGUUACACACUCAAAUCACCAGAUUAAUUAAACACAAGGUUGUAUUUAUUCGAAAACUCCGAGCACAUGCUUUUCUGUUUUUUUUUCCGACACCCUUUGUGGUUCAUGAACUCAACAAAACAUGUCACGCACUCUACACUGUCAACAUGUGACUUGAGAUUUACGACUCCAGAGAUGUGUAAUUCAGCUAUGCCUCAGAUCAAGUGAGGUAAAAAUCCUGCCGCAAGUUUGAUUAAAUCACUAUAAUGGGAUAAAAAGUAGCAAUAAAAUGAUACUGCAAUUUUUUUUUUAGGUGCUGAAGGGACACAGUUCAGCAGUGACACAUAUCUUAGUGAACAGUGACAAAGGAGAGAUAAUCAGCGCUGCUCAUGACAAGGUAUUCAUUAAUUUCUAUUAUUCAAGACUAUUCAUGGCAUAUUGCGCUUCCUAAGUUUUGAUCGGAGGACAGAACAUAGUUUUUUAGCGCAGUCGAAAGUCGAAAUUGAACAGCGUCGGUUUUAUUUUGCCUCGCCCGUGAUUGGACCAGAAAACUUAAGCUAUCUCCUAGACCGAUCGGAAGGAAAAAUUAAAACCAAUCGCGACUUGUUCACCUGUGUUUAAGGCAUCCUGUUGGAUUUCUCAUUGCUCCCUCGUGAUUUUUUUCCCUUUGUUUUGAAUGGCCCUUCUGAAUAAUUUGAAUAAUUCACGUCACCUGAUCAAAAAGCGCCCUGGAUAAAAGGAUUUUAGAACAAAAAUGUAUUUGUCUCUUACAGUAGAAUGUAACUCAUUUCAAGAUGAGACUUCUUUGAUUUUUAUUUGGACAGGUUAUCAAGAUAUGGGACAUGCGUGACCUCUGCUGUGUACAAACCAUUCCCGCGCGCUCCUUGUUACCAGGCCCUCACGUAAUCACCAGCCUGUAUUACAACUCAAAGUCUCACUGCAUUUUUUUAGGAACCAAUCAGGUGACAACACAAUCACUUCUUUGCAAUACAACUCAGUAUCAUCCGACAUAAGGAACAUACUAUUCCAUAUCGACCUUUUCAUUGCGGGCAAAUGUUUAACUGAGUCGUUUUAAGUCUUUAUUUGCAAUGGAAAUUCAAAGAUCAUCCGUUAGACGACUUUCCCUCUCCUUAACAUUCCUCUGCUAGAGCUUUUAACCUUGAUUAUUAUGCAGAAAAAGUAAUUUAUUAGGUUGUGAUAAUUUUGGUGAGGUGUCACUUCGCAUGGUUGCUUUGCCGACUUUUCAGAGAUAGUGCGACGUAUGGCCAUGGCUUUAAAUGCGACAUUUACGAUUUAACAUUCAUUUUAACCUUGUCCAGAUACAAAAAAUAAUGACUCUUACAUGUCCUAAUCUUCUGUAUUUUUAAAACUAUUGUGUUCUUACUGUUAAAUUGUUAGUUAUCGGUCAUCGAGGGUAAAAAGGAAGAGGCAUCAGAGGAACAUGACGUCACAAGUCACUUCAAACCCCUCUGUGCUGCUAUUUACAAUGAUCUGUUUGAUCAGGUAAUCAAUCACAACAUACACUGAUAUCGUUACGACGUCAAAAAUCAACUAAUAUGCAGAUCUUGUGCACAUAUGAUCCUAAUAUGUGGCCAAGACUGCCAACGAAAUCUCUGUCGCCAGAUGUUUGAGCAAGUGGCAUGCAAUCAGCGCUUGGAGGUUUUGCCGUCUUAUGCACCUGGCAAAUGAAUUUCAUAACCACUUGCCAUCUGUAACUGACGAAUUAAUGUAAAUUAAAGUACAAAAAUAAAGUUUAACGAAGGAACUCUUUGGCGUAUACAUCGCUUGUUUGUCUUAGCAGCUCGCGCUUCAGUUUCGAAAUAGGAGAUUAAAUUGCUUGGGACCACUGUGCUUGAGACCACUGUGCUUGGGACCACUGUGGGUUGAAAAUGAUCUACAGGGCUCAGGCAUUACAAGGAGAGCUUUACACUUAUUCUGUUGAUUGUUGAUUCCUACUCUGACUGACAUUACUCUGCAUGAAUUUAUCUGCACAGGUUGUUAGCGCAUGUCAUGAUUCUGUGGUUUGUGUUUGGAGCCUGGAGACAGGCGAAAAAAUCAUUCAGUUUUCCAAUGCUCACGGUAGCUCUGAAAUAACAGCCAUGAGGUUUGAUCCUUCCAAGAGAAGACUUAUAACUGGAGGUAGAGAUGGAACUGUACGGAUAUGGAAUUUUAAUAAUGGCUGCUGUUUAAGUGAAUUACAAGCUGUUGACAAUGAAGAGGUAAAACAAACUUCCUGGUGUCUCCUGUUUCACCGAUGUUCUGUUUGUUUUAUUCAGUUUACCACACUUCUCUGCACAAAAGUAUAGCUGCGCAAAAAUGGCAACUAACACAAACAUAACCAGAGGUACUUGUAUACCUACACAUUGUAUGUUCACAGUUCAGUAACCUCUUUAUGAACAAGCGAAAAUUCCUCGUUGUAUCCAAUAGCAAACUUUUAUUUAUUUACAAAGUUUUGGCCGGUUUCUCAGAUAACAGGUAUCCUGUGUUUUAAACAGAAGAUUAUAACAGUGGGAUGGAAUAGAAACGUUACCAUUUACAAGUAAGUACAAACACAUAGGACAGCCGCACGUUCAUGAUUACAUUUCUGCCAGUUUCCAGAUCAUUGUUACAGAAUGUUAUAUAUCUUUUUACCUUGAUGGAAGAUUAUUGUCGUCACGGCAGAUGUAUUUGGAGAUCUGAGUUCAAAUAUGCAGGGAAAAAGAAAAUUUUCUUGUUGUUGUGUUAACUUAAUUCUUUUGUCCAGGGAUUGCCGCGACGAAGAGGAAGGAGAUCCUCGCGUGUGGCCACAUUUCCAUGAAGACGACAUUCUAUCCGCUGCAAUGUACCCGACUGGUUUAGUGGCCACCUCUUCAUAUGAUGGCCUUGUGAAAGUCUGGAACAUUGAAAGUGGAAGUGUUAACUGUCGACUGCACGCUAGUGACUAUGGCUUGGAAAGAACACAAUCUGUUAUUCCCGCAGAAGUUAAAAGACUCGUUACUCAUUGUAAUUCAGGUCAGUGAUCGGUAAAUGCGCAAACAGAAUAGAGUGUAACAUUUUGUGUCAAAUGAAAUGCUGAAUCACAUAAUCAUGGUGAAACCCAUAGAUGCACGACUUUAUUAAGUCUUGUUUUAAUAUUUUAAGUGAUCGAAACAGAGAAGAGAAUUAAGGAAGAAAUGUCCAGAAAGAGAGGUAUACAUUCCGACUCAAGUAAGAAGAAUCGCCGUAUUGCAUCAUCAGUCGGGCGGCUCAAAAACUGCCCCAUGCAAAAAGAAAGACUUGAAAGUUCACAAAAAAGGAAAAGCCACCUUCAAGAUUUACCACCAUUGAAAUCUCAAGAAAGUUAUCAUGAUUCAUCGGUAGAUAAGGUAAAGUAACAAUCAUUUUAAAAAAUUGAUUCAGCACUAGAGUCUAUGAACAAUUAAGGAAUGAACGCUAAUUGAUGAAGAAAGAAUGCAGUAAUCAUUACUUUACUAAUUCUCUCAUUACUUAGGUUAUUUUUCUAGAAAAGCGUGAAAACAGCAUCGCCACGGCUACCUUGUUAACAUCGGGGUCAGACGGUUCCGUAAGGGCCUGGAGUGUUUGUGGCGGAGGAUUACUGGGUUACUUUACUGCUGCACAGGGUGAUCAUAAUUCUGUGCUCUCCAUGACAACUAAUGGUGACAAUAGUAUACUCAUUACCGGUGACACCGCUGGCUUUAUAAAGGUAACAAACCCCUCUUAGCUUCAACUAAACCGAUAUGCAACUGAAAGGACACGUAGCCCGAGAAUCUAUGGGUUUUCAACCACUAGUUUAGGCCAUUAGGGAAAAAGCUGGACAAAAUAUGUUUGCAGUUGUACUUGCACUGUAUACUUGACUGAGUGAUUUUUUAUUUUGACGAAAGGAAUUCCUUGCUCUUUCACGUUUCUUACUUAAUUGUUUCUUCAAAGAACAACUAAUGCAAAAGUGUUGGGUGCAAACCCAAAAGAUCUGAGGUGAUUAACAAAGUUUUUAAAACAUCAGCUUUUAAUUCCUAGCAAUCUCCCGUUCACAAGUACAACUGUAAUUUCACUUCAUUACACAACAUUCCCAGGUUAAUGAUUGAUAUUGGACUAUUGUUAUUUUCUGAGACAAAAUUAUUAGGCAAAACAAGAAUAUUGAAAAAUGAAAUUGCGAAUGCACAAGGGAACAGAGUUUGACAGUUUAAGCAGCUACGACUGUGAACGAGCAUACAGUUAUAACGGUAUACACCGCUCCCUGUUUAAAGACAAAUCCAGUAACUUGUAUCAAUACAUUUAGAGGUUGUCUUUACUUCACAGCUUUGGAAUAUAUCGUGGUACUGUAUAAGUAGCGGUGAUCAGAAGCCAGCGGCACCGCUGCCCAGGAAACUUUCUUUAGGGAACAGAAGGAACAGUCAAAAGCCUGGCAAAGCAGGAGGAAUCGAUACAAAGCCACCUCCACUGGUUAUUUCAUUCAGAGCUCAUCUCGAGCCCAUUGUUAGCUUAGACUUUGUAGACAACCGUCAGCUUAUCAUUAGUGCUUCCAAAGAUGCUUCUGUCAGGUUAUGGACACAAACUGGAAGAUACAUAGGUAAUAGAAUUAAUAGAUGAAUAAAAUUACCAUGGUUAAAAGAAACCUUUUCGCUGAUUUCUCCGAGACUUAAACGAUUCAUCAAAAACCAGAAGAGUAACAAUUGUUUCUAACAAAUAGAUGUCUGUUGUCUUGUAACGAGAGGAAAAACAUCUUUUUCUUCACAACUGUGCGCAAAAUUUACCAACUUUUUUAUUCUAUUUACACACCUGACGCUUUGAUAUGAAUGUUACAUGAUUUACAUAUACAUGUACUGCAUUAUUCAGGACUGUUUGGUCAGCGAGUAUUAUGGGAUUUACAGAAAGCAAUCAAAGGAUUACGACGACUUCCGCCGGAUAUUCAGCGGAUCGCUUCAGCCGAGACCCUCAGAAGAAUGUUGAGUUCUCCUGGGCCAAGAUGGAGGUGAGGUGUUUUUGGAAUUUUGAUGGAGAGCUUUGAAAUAGAUCCUUUGCUAUCAAGAACUAGUAUUGUAUUAGAAAUUGAUGAACAAAGUCAGUCUUCCCUCAGUGAGAGGAAAUCAACUCACGUACUAGUCCUCUUCCAAUGAUCCUCUUCAACAAAAUAAGACACCUAACGUUCCACUUGAUGCCUGUUCCAUCUACAAAAGGUUUGUUUCAUUAAAACGUGUCGUUGUCGGGCAAAACGAAAAUAUUCUACGAUGUCACCAUCAACAACGACAUCUCUGCAGUUGCACACCGAGUCCUUAAUGAUAUAACUCUAGGACUGAUUCCGGAUUGUUGUGCAGUUACUAAGUUAACUAUAGUUUGACGGCCCUUUGACUGCCGAGACCUGUUUUUCCGCGGAUAAACCGCAACAUCUCCCUAAGCGGCAUACCAUCUCAUAUUCCAGAUGGAAUUUCUGAUGUUACUGUGAUAAAUUCGCAUUAGACAGUAGGUUACGACGCAUCCCUUUAAUUACGAGUUCCUUUAUCGACUCCUACAUACAUGGAGCUCCCCAAUCUGCCUCACCGCACUUAACUCAGGAUCAUCAAAUAGAGAGCUUAAGCCUGCAGUCUUCAAUCACUGAUAUUUAUUCUUUUCCCUUUUCGUGGCAGACUAGCAAAGCGUGUAAUGCAUGUUACGACCUUCUCUCGACGCGAAACACAGUCCAUCCUGCAGGAUUCCUCAGACACCAAAGAUUGGGAGAACGAAUGGGGGUCUUCCAUUAGCCUGUCACUAAACAACAUAUUAGGAAAAUUUUACGCGCCGAAGAUUAGGCACAAACCCCUUCCACCACUACCAAAACUCAAAUUCAACCAAGAUCAGAUGAUUGUCUAUUCCUGUUUAAAUUUCAAAGAUCUCCAAGCUGUUGAGGAACCAAAGACACCAGCCGUACUAUGCAGUCACAACACCAGACAAAAUUCUUCUUCAGGCCUUCUUCCCCGAAUAAUUAAGAAUAGAGGUCAUCGGGAAAACUCUGAUUCUAAACAUAUAACGUAUUUCAGUGCGUCUGUUAAACAACCACGAGCAAGUACCUUACGAAAACCACUCGAAAUUUUAAGAGCAUCCAUUAAAAAGUAG